UCAAAUUCAGUAUCAUAUCGAUAUCCAUAAAUAUAUCAUUAACAAACCAUACUAAUCACUAUAUUUUGGUGGAAAAACUUUAGGAAUACACCUUUGUAUGAAUAUGUGCGAGAGAAAUGAUUUCACAAGAUUUUCAAAAUGACUUAUAAUGAAACGGAUGUGAUAAACAUAAAUAUCAAAUAGAAGACCGAAUAUUGACACAAAAAGACCUAUUAAUAUGCAAAGAAAUCAAAAUUAGUGUGCACUUCAGUGAACUUAUACACAAUUUUAUAAUAAAUAAUGGAUAUUUGGAUAUAAGGAAAAUUAUGUAAACAAUGACAGCCAAAAACUUAAUCUACAUUAUCAUCAUUAGAUCAAAUUAAUAAUACUGAUAGUGAUCCACUAAACUGUCAUCUAUAAACUGGACCCAUGAACAUAAUUGAUGAACUGAAAGAAUGGGCUCUUUCUUUUAAUCUAAACCAUAAACAACUUAUUCAGAAAGUUAAAAAAACACAAAUGUUUUAAAAAUAUACCCAUUGAUGCUAGAACAUUAUUAUUUACCUCUAAGAAAACAGUCACCAGAAUAGUUGAAACUAGUCUCUAUCAUCACUUUGGUCUAGAAAUGGUAUUUUUCAAUUUUAAAAAGACUCAACAUUUCUGUUUCGAUAAUGAUGCGAUUAAUAUAGAAUUGUAAUAUAGAAUGGUCUGCCAAUUUUAUAUCAUCAUUCAGCCAACUAUGACCAAAUAAAGGAUCAGUUGUUCUUAUUUUUAUUAUUUUAUUGCUGAUGUGUCCAGCAAAAGUAUAUUGCUUACAAAUCAAAAAUCAUACUGGCUACUCUUGCACAAUAUGUAAAGUAGAAGGUUCAUUGAGGACAUUGAUGCGCCUCUACGUACUAAUGAUGAAUUUGAGGAACAUACAAGUGCUUACGAAAAAUAAUUCCAUGCUUAAGCAAACCCAAAGAUCAAAAUGGUAUGCAUAUGUUCAAUGGCAAUCUAGAUCAGAGACCGAACAAUCUAAAUAGCCAAACAGACAACAAUCCUCAAGAAAUUGAAAAUUUAGAUACCAAGAAAGAAAUGAAAACAUCCCCUGAUGUGGAAAUGGUGAAUGCUCCAUUGUCUGACACCGGCGAAUUUACAAUGAGCAGUAAAGACUUAUCCGGCACCCAACCUAUUAAUUUAACAAUAAACUCAUUAGAUCAAAAUGGUAUGCAAAUGUCCAAUGGCCUACUAGAUGAGAGUCCGAACAAUCUAAAUAGCCAAACAGACAACAAUCCUCAAGAAAAUGAAAAUUUAGAUAUUAUGAAAGAAAUGAAAACAUCUCCUGAUGUGGAAAUGGUGAAAGCUCCAUUGUCUGACACCGGCGAAUUUACAAUGAGCAGUAAAGACUUAUCCGGCACCCAACCUCUUGAUGUUACAAUAAACUCAUUAGAUCAAAAUGGUAUGCAAAUGUCCAAUGGCCUACUAGAUGAGAGUCCGAACAAUCUAAAUAGCCAAACAGACAACAAUCCUCAAGAAAAUGAAAAUUUAGAUAUUAUGAAAGAAAUGAAAACAUCCCCUGAUGGGGACAAAUCUGAAUUUGAAGAUGUUUUAGAUAAUAACACAUUGAAUUCCAAUAAACUGCUGAGUAAAGGUGAUGGUACAAAAGUAUGUGAUUUAAAACAAGAAACUUUUGAUAUCGAAAACAACAAUGAUUUAAAUGUGGUAAGGAGAUAGUGUAGUAGAAGGGUUUUUAAUAUUAAUAUUGUUUUUACAUAUUACUCUUAAUAUUUAUAAUGAUUUACUAUGCACAAUGUCAAUAGAGCAUGCCCAAUGACCUAUGGUGUUUGCAAAAAGUAUGUUUUAGAUUAAUAUUAGAGAGAUAUUAUUCCUAUUGUAGUAGAUGAAUCAUUAACUUUAUUAGAUAAGAUUACACAUACAAUAUACAUUAUAUAACAUGUAUACAGAUAUAACACUUUUCCCCUUUUAUAUUACAUUCUAUAUAAUUACAAUACAAUAAUAAUAAUUAUACAAAAAAAGAACACAAUUUAACAUUAUAUAAAUUCAUCAAACCCAUAUUGGUAUAGUUUUUUAAUAGCUAUUUAAU